AUUAUGUCUCUCACUGUCACUGUCACCCACACGACCACUCCUGACUCCCACACGACCACUCCUGACUCCCACACGACCACUGACUCCCACACGACCACUCCUGACUCCGAGCCCUCACAAUUCAUUUUACCUGAUCUCAUCAAUCAAUUCCAGUAUCCCUUCCGAAAGAGCCCUCACAGUUAUACGGUGACCCGCGCAUCUGCUCGAUGGCUUGCUGAUGUAGCGAAACUUGUGGAGCCCGAGAUCAGGGGGUAUAUUGAGAUGGACACAGGCACAUUUGUUGCCCUGAUCUAUCCUGACGCAGAUGUUUUCCAUCUCCAAGUCUGCGCUGAAUCCAUUAACUGGGCAUUCGUUAUAGACGACUCGAUGGAGUGUGGUGUUGUCACUCCACAGGAAGCGCUUGAAUCCUGUAUUCCUGCACUCCGCGAUCCCAUCAAUUUUGAGACGGAUCUGCUUGCUGCAAAGAUGUGCAAAUCGUUUGCCAACCGCUUUAAUGAGAAUGCCGGCCCUGGCUGCAGAGAGCGGUAUAUCCACGGAAAGGAGUUGUACUUCACUGCUGUGGCUAAGCAGCUGGAAGACCGCGCCAAUGGAACUACGUAUGAUCUAGAAUCUUACAUUGUCCAGAGGCGAGGUAUAGUAGGGAUGAAGCCCUACUUUGCCCUCAUCGAAUUCGUGUCUGGAAUUGAUCUUCCCGACGAAGUUGUAGCGCAUCCGGUUUUCGACGCCAUAGAUUGCGCGGCUACCGAUCAUGUUGGUUGGGCCAAUGAUAUUUUCUCGUACAACAAGGAGCAAUCUACCGGUGGCGCACCCUGGGAAAACCUAGUUGCCGUGCUCAUGCACGUUCGAGGACUAGACGUGCAAAGCGCCAUAGACUGCGCUGGCCAGAUGUGCAAAGAUGCCAUCCAGCGCUUUGAAUCAAACCGUGCCUCCCUCCCCUCAUGGGGAGAAGAGGUUGACAGGGUAGUGGAUAUCUACGUCGAAGGGCUGAAGAGGUGGAUGGUCGGCUCACUUUACUGGCACUUGAGUUGUGUCCGCUAUGUUGGCAAUGAUCUACAUACUGUCCAGCGGGACCGAAUCGUCAGGCUGCUUCCCAAAAGGCCUUUGGCUUCUGGAGAACAUUAAUACACGAUUCACGUCUCACACAGACCUGAAUGUUAUGCUUCGGUUGCAUAAUGUGACAUCCCGCCUUCCUUGCUUUGGCCUUCGUGGUUUCAACUUCGCGUUCAGCUCCAUGCGGGUAACACUUCCCGUCCGUCUUUUGUAUCACCACUGUGUAUACCUAGAAGAGUCCUAUAUCCUUGUACGAAUCAAAGGCAGGCGUGCUAUUUGAAAUUCCAGAUCGA